AUGUUACCCAAAUACCUUCAAAGCAGCUAUACCCGCUAUAAGGAUGAUACAAACGGCUUCGCAACCUGGUUACUCGAGGCAGCCACCAAAUGCGGUCACCGACCGGACGGCCUCGUGCCAGUUACCCCUUCAUUGAAAAAGGGCAAGGGAAAGGGAAGGUCCAAAGCCAAGAGCAAGGCUGAUGAGGCGAAUGCUCCCACCGAGCCCAUUCAGUAUAAAGCCACCACCAAGGAGCUUCAAAUGCUCGCUGAAGUCGUUGCGAAGUCGUCUCUUGUCGUGCCGAAGCAAAUCCUUGUCAUUGCCAAGCGAGCCAUCAAAUUGAGAAGACAGGUCACAUCUUGGUUCUUGGGUCAGGGUGAUUCCGAGAGUGAUAAGCGCCACGAACAUUUUAUCUCCGCGCUAGAGAAGGCUUGCGAAACCCUGGAGUGGAAGAAUUGCGAAUCUGCCAAUAAAGAUGCUCCGAAACCACCUGCAGAAGUUCACUACGAUGAAGAUGACGCCGACCUUGACAUGUUUCUCAACAGAUUCGCUGUCCUCACGGUCGAGGAACCUCAAGAAUCGGAGCUGAGCCAACACGCGUCUCCGGAAUCCCAGCAAAUUGUCAAGGUGGAGCUUGUCGAAAACGAAGAGGAAGAGCAAGACGCAGCGGACGCAGGAUUGGCGUAUAUGUUCUUCAAGACACUCUGCUUGUUCCGGGAUCUGCACAACAUGCGGGCAUUCAUUACUCAGACUUGGUCAGAGUAUCGCGAUAAGAAGAUUGAUCUCAUGAAUGCUGCUGUCGUGACUGAUGGUGCCUUGCAGCUCGCGCGCGAUCUUGUGCAGGAGGUUAUGGACGACUAUGACAGUUAUGGCACCCCUUCUGAUAGCCUCCAGCGAGUGGUUUUCAACGCUUCUUGCAUGAGCCGAGGCAUCAUGCCGACUCCAUCCGUUGAAAUCGGCCUGCCAUACAACAAGGACAUGGCAGAUGUAGCUGAAUGGUGCUACUUCCCAACUCUGAUUCUCCUGAACUCAUUCGCAGAUGUUCUGCACCAGAACGACCUGCCCGUUUUCAAGAAAGGGCAUUUCGGUAAUUAUGACCCAAGGUCAAACAGAGAAAAGAUGUCUGUGGGCCAGAAAUUCAAUGAAGACAAAAUCAUUCUGCUUCAGCUACUGCCGGAAUUUUGCAUCCUUGGUUAUAACAUCCAACUGCCUGCCUCAGAUGUACUUACCAGGGGACUGGUGGAGUUUUGCAAAACCAAAAAGGUUACUCCAUGGCUCUGCUUUGCAUCUCAAAUCCUGCUUGAUGUCCAUCAUCUCAUGCGCCACAGCCCUUUGGGUGCAUUCCAAGACCUUCGAAUGUCUGGUUUGCGAAUUCAGAAAACAAUAGAGGAAUAUUUGAAGGUCUCUAAAUCACACCCACAGCCAAAGUUCUGGCCAAAGGAAGGAGACGAAGAGAUCAAAGAUUUGCACUCAACGGUGGAGUCUUGCAUCAUUGAGGAUCUCAUCUACGUGGUGAAAGUUAAUGUUUUUCCCAAAAGUCAUGUUCCUGAAAAACAUGCGCUUUUUUCUCAGCAUGCCAUCCUAUGUGGUGUGAACAUGUUCCAUAUAAAUAUUAGGAUGCAAUCCGUCGGCCAACAGCUUGUCACACAAUGGUACGAUGUCCAACAAUUAGCCUUUUUGUACAAUCUUGUUAAGCAAGCACCGAUGCACGCGCACAUGAGCUGGCCUGACAUGGAAACCUUCAUCAAAAUACACGGCGAAUCUCAUAUAUUCAUCGGUAGCCGACCAAAGAAUGCUAGGGAGUCGCUGAAUAGGCUUGAGCUUGCGACUGGCAUAUCGUCGGCUACGAAGUUUGCCCGCGAUUCGCGCAACAGGAACGACUUUCAACGUCCCAACGGGAAGAAUCCCAGAAUCCUUGAGCCAACCACUACCGUUGCGAACUUGUUUCGAGGCCAAUACGUCGUUGGCCUCCGGAAAGAAGAAGAGGGAAUCCAAAAUAUCGACAAGGUUUUGGACACGCUAUCACAGACGCCAAGGCUCGAAGCCACCGGCAAAAGAAUUCGUCUUACGGAUCCUCAGGAGGUGCUCCAACGGAAAUGGGCCCACACUCAUCGUAUUGGCACCAUUCAACUUCUCGCCCUCGUUAAGAGCAGGUUAUUCGAAGAAGAGCCCGUGAUCUUGUUCAAUUACUUCGGCAUGCAUAAGCGCUCUUUGGAGUUGCUCAGAGAGAUUAAGGCGAAGGAGCAUCACAAGUUUGUGCAGUAUUUCACUCCCAAUUACAUGCCUGAUGAGUCUUUUAUCUCGAAUAUUGUGAUACUGGUUCAUCAUGUUGCACGAGGCUCUGCACAGAAUGCAAAAAGCUUGGGAAUGGUGCCCAAGGAUGCUGGUAGUCAGAUCAUCAGUCGAAUUGUCGUGAGCUGUGGUGAUAUCAUGCAGGCGUAUCUGCAGAAAAACGGGGAUGUGGCUUGCAAAGAACUUAAGAUUUUCUGCAAGAACAAAACUCCCAUCCAGGAGGAGGCCAAAGAUGACGGUGGCAGGUCUGCGAAAUUUAUGUCUUGGGUCAACUUUGAAGACGUUGUAGGCCCUCAGGUCAUUACCUCGCUCAUGACCGGUAUUCCGUUAUCUAACUAA